GCAUGGUUGGAGUUGGUCUUAGGGUUUAUUUAUUUAUUCAUUUAAUUUUUUAGAAUCCUUAAAAAGUAACGAGGGAAUUUCAUCCAGCGGGCGGCGCAUGUUCGGAUCUCUCCGGUUGGCAGCGGCGUCUCUCCGGUGGGCAGCGGCGCCACUCCAGCCUUCCAUAGUUGUUGCAGUCGGGGCCAGUCAAGUGAAAGUUAUCGGAGGGCGGUGAUCAGGCGUAAUGGACGGUGCCGAGGAGGGCAUGCCUUCCACUGGCGCCGGAAGCAGCAUGUCGUACAAGGCAUGCGUCGAUGGCAUCAACAAAAGCCUCCAACAUCCUACGGUGAGGUUUCUGAGGGAGAAGAUGGAACAGGCUGGGUGCCCCGUGUGGGGGCGCCUUCUCAUGGGGAUCACAUGCAAAGGACAGACCUCCGCAGGUGGCUAUUCCAGAGGCCGCGGGAUAACAAUUUGUUGUAAUCAUAUGUCUUUCCAAAAUGAGAUAGAUCAAGUUAUUAUUCACGAGUUAAUCCAUGCCUAUGAUGAUUGCCGGGCAAAAAACUUGGACUGGACAAAUUGUGCUCAUCAUGCUUGUUCUGAGAUUCGUGCUAAUCACCUGAGUGGAGAUUGCCAUUACAAGCGAGAGUUGUUACGUGGAUUUUUAAAAAUACGAGGUCAUGAACAAGAGUGCGUUCGAAGGCGGUCUCUGAAGUCGGUUCAGAGCAAUCCCCACUGCUCGGAUGUCACUGCAAAAGAUGCCAUUGAGGCAAUUUGGGGCAUCUGCUACAAUGACACUACCCCAUUUGACAGGGCACCUUAAUUCACCUGCGAUUCACUUCAGCGCGCGAAGAUUUAUUUCCUCCCUUUUUUUUCUCAACGAGGGCAGGUUGAUGAUACUACAUUUACAUGAAGAGUUGUUUCCCUUGUUUUGGUUAUUUAAUUACAUCAGAAUUUUCCUUUGCUUCUUUGCAAAUCACAUUUUUUUCAUCUUCAGCAUCUGAAUAAGAAGCAAGAGAAUGGUAAUUUUUCAUGUAAUCUUUUAAUCAAUUGGGAUGUAGCUGUUGGAUUGAAAUUGUUAUUUGCAAUGGAGGUGACUGAGUCUCAAUACUUCA